AAAACUGACAACAACAAUAUUUUAUGCAAUAUCAGUAUCGUUUCAAAUAAAAUAAAACAAGAAAAUAAAUUAAAUAUAACGCAAACGUUUACCUAACUAUUUUACAGACAUACUACCUAACCUACCGAAGAUACACUGCCAUUAAUGAUUUAAUAUUCUAUUUACAUAUUACAUUUUAAUAACUUUGACCCUUGUCACCUUGGGAUAUUAAUUAUUAAUGAACUGUUAUUCUACGGGGUCUUAAAUAAUAACCGCUGCAUUUUGAACUAGUCCUCGGGCGGUAUUGUUGUGGUUGACAGCACGCAGAAUUACCCGUCUUUUAUUUAAUAAAUUAUCGCAAAAUGCUUUCUCUGUCGCCAAAAUCUUGUGAUACCUUCGUCGUGCUGCCUCCGUUGACUAACAAAAAUGCAGUUAUAUUCGGCAAGAACUCUGACCGUCCUCAAAAUGAGGUCCAAGAAGUAGUGCUUGUGAAAGGUGGAAUCAGAAAUGAGAAGCUUAAGUGUACUUACAUAACAAUAGAAGAGAGUUCAUCUCCAGUGUAUACAGUGAUACUGAGCAAGCCAGCUUGGAUGUGGGGAGCAGAGAUGGGAGCCAAUGAGAAGAAUGUAGUCAUUGGCAAUGAGGCUGUUUGGACUAACAACAAUGAGGGUGAUGGAGAUGCCCGGCAGAGGCGCCUGUUGGGAAUGGACCUAGUCCGACUAGGUUUAGAACGUGGAGAUACGGCUGAAGCAGCCUUAGAUGUUAUAACAUCUCUUCUUCAAAAGCAUGGACAAGGAGGGCCCUGCUCAGAGCAUGAUGAUAGCCACUUCUACCACAAUUCCUUCUUGAUUGCUGACCCUAAGGAGGCAUGGGUUCUAGAAACCAGUGGCAAGUUAUGGGCAGCUGAAAAAAUUGCAAGCGGGUACCGGAACAUUUCUAAUGGUCUCACAAUCACUACAAAGAUUGAUAAACAUUCAGAUAACUUGAUGGAGAAGGCAAAACAUAUGGGGCUAUGGAGCGGACAGGGUGAAUUUAACUUCACUAAGUGUUUCUCAUCUGGAGGUGAUGAACUUAGGCAACAGGAAGGGGAGAGGUUGCUUAAAGAAGGGAGUGCUGCAUCAUUAUUUGAUGUAAAGAAUAUGAUAAAUGUACUGAGACACAAGGAUAGCCGCAUUUGCAGGGGAUGUGAUGACACCUUCCCCACACAGGGGAGUCAGGUAUCCUUACUCUGCCGUGAGAAAACCAGCAUCCACUGGUUCACUGGUACCCCUGAUCCAAGUGUAUCAUUCUUCAAACCCUUCAUCUUCACUGAAAAGGCUCAAACUUCUCCAUACAUAGUUAGUCCUGAUGAGCCACCACGUGAACAUCGCUUAUACAAGUCACAUAUGGAUUGCAUGACAAAAAAAGAUGCCGAUAAAAUAAUAGAAAAACUCCGCCAAAUGGAGACGGAACGUACCGCUGCAAUUGAAGAACUUAUUAAAACCCAGUCAGCACAAGAUACUCAUGAUCUCGACAAUCUCUUCAAAGACUGUGUGGAGACUGAGAUUGAAUUAUAUGAAAAAUGCUAAAUAAGUGUCAAAUUUUACAAAUGUUUCUAAAAAUGUUUAUGACUGUAAUCUUUUCGCACUAGCAUCAAUGUUUGACUCUAUCACCAAAGUUAUUGUUAAUAGCUAAAUAUUUUUUAAGUAGAAUUUGUAGACGUAGGUGAAGCUAAUUUGAUUUAAGAGUAUCUUAGGUAUCACGGACCCUACUGUCUGACUUUUAUUUAGACUUCUAUUUCAAACUUUUGAAUGAUAUGACUUAUAUAAAUAUAAAAUACGCUUAUUUUUUGUAGUACUUUGCUAAAGUUACCUGUUAAUGUUUGUAAUGAAAGCUAUCGUAUUUUGCUAAAAUUUUAGAUCUUAUCUAUCUCUACACUCGUAGUUAAUGUUAUAUUUAUUAAGGCCUAAAUAAAAGGAAUAAUAAAUAUUCAUAAAUAAUUAUAUGUAGAUAAAAAAAUAUUAUUUUUACAUGAAAUAGUAAUCUUAAAUCAUGUUAUUUGCAUUGUAUUUGAAUGCUUGCUGCCAGUUACGAUAAACAAUUUAUCUGAUAUAGAUAUGGCUUUGCUUUAAGCAGAUAUGACUUAUUUAAAUUUUUACAAAAUAUUUACAAAUGUUAAGAAAUCUGACUCGUGUAUUCAUCAUUCGUCCAUUUGCUUGGUACAAUGUUGUAUUCUUUAUUUACACAAUAUACUAAAUGGUUGAUGUUGUAAGGUAUUGUAAUGAUAAUAUACUACUAAAAUUAAAAGACAUUGCAGUGCCGUUUAUUUCUGGUACUGAUGCCAUUCUGUUUGCAAUAAUAAAUUAUCUUUAUGGAUUAGUUAUUGUUAAUUUUAUGUGUAUUUUAAGAGUAACGCUCUUUUGUGGUGCUGGUUUAGCUAAUGCAAUAAAUAAAUACUUGCUAGGCUUGCGGCCUUCUGCAAUAAGUGUUUCAUUGUUAUUUUGAAUCACUAUACACAACCAAGUGUCAAAGAAAACGUACUUAAUGCGCUUUACUGAAUUGAGACAAGUUUAAUAAUAGUUAUACUUUCAGGAUACUGACAAAUCAUGUUAUGAAAUGGAGGCUUCGUAGGUUUAAGAAAACGAUGAAAGGCCAACCGGUUAAAAGCUGUAUUCACAAACGAUAUGUCUAUCUCUAUUUGUCUCUAAAUUCUGCUUUACAGUGACAGAGACAGCAUAAAACUUGACUUAAUUAAGUGAAGUUUCUGAAUACGGUGUAAGUGUGCCAAUUUCUGUUUCCUCACACACCAUAUUCCUCCUCUGUAUAAGAAUAUUAAUAUUGUAAGAUAUUAUUUUUAUUUAUAACUUAGAAUCAUUUAUUACAAUAACGUAAAUUAAGUUGUACUAUUUAGAAAGACCAAUUUAGUUUAUAUUGUUUCGUGCAGCUAGUUAUAAUAUUAGCUAUAGCCAUUUAUUUGAGGACCUAUUAAAAGACAAAAUAGCAUGAAAUUUAAGACAAUGCGGGUAUUUUAUGUAGAUAACCUGCGUGCUGUGUACUGUAGAUGUAUUAUGUAUUAUAACGGUUGCUAAGCACGUAAGUGGUCUCCAGCGUGGUAGCUUCGGCAGUAUUGGUCUAACAAAGCAAAAAGAAUUACUUCACUUGUCGGGCUUCAUAUGGCUUGAGCUGAUUGGGGCGUUCAUUCGGGUCAACGCAUCAUUCGAUUCGAUAAUACUUAUAUUACGAUUAUUUAACCUAAUGGGAUUGCGAUCCACAAAAAUUCAAGUAGUUAUAUACACGGCUUUGCUGAUGAAGUGAGAGCGGAUUUUUCUCGAAUACUGAUCUAUUUACAUCCUUCCGAUUUUACCUCCCAGCUGUGCCGAUUAAUGCCGAGCGACCCGCUUGUGUAUAGCUACCCAGACUCAAUUUUCGUAUUCAUGUAAUGUGCUUGCUUUAUCUAUUUUGUACGUUUAUUAUAGAAUUGAUAAACUUAACAGCAAUAUGAUAAUACCGUGAUUUCAACUGUGAUCACUACUAAAAUAUCUAAGUAAAACUGGUUGUUUUAAUAAAUGCACUUUUGAAUCACAA